AUUUCGCUGCAGACUUUGCGUAAACCGCUUGUUCCAGAGAACGGCGGCCUCGAAGCGAUCCCCGAAAUUCCUCCCACAGUGUCCGCCGUAAAAAACCCAACCCCCAAGAUCUCGUAUGAUGAGUCGACCCACGAGCGCCUCCAGCCCGGGGCUGACGGCGAUCCCAGCAGGCGAGCCUUCGCCUACCUAGUCCUCAGCGGCGGAAGGUUCGUCUACGCCUCCCUCAUCCGCCUCUUGGUCCUCAAGUCCCUGUUAUGCAUGUCUCCGAGCAGAGACGUGCUGGCCCUGUCGUCUUUGGAAGUAGAUCUUUCGGCAGUCGAGCCAGGGGCCGUCCUGAGCGUGAAGUGGCAGGGGAAGCCCGUCUUCUUGUGGCACCGAACGGAAGAGGACAUCCGGCUCGCGAACGCCGUCGACCUCUCCACCCUGCGCUAUCCGCAGCCGGACUUGGAGAGGGUGAUCAAACCGGAGUGGCUCGUCGUCGUCGGGGUGUGCACCCACCUCGGCUGCAUCCCGCUGCCGCAUGCAGGCGACUUUGGCGGGUGGUUCUGCCCGUGCCAUGGCUCCCACUAUGAUUCUUCCGGCAAAACGCGUAAAGGGCCGGCGCCGUACAACCUGGAGGUGCCCGCCUACCGCUUCUUGAACGAGAACAAAGGUGUUGAUCGGUUGAUUCCGAUUUCCAACAAGGUUACAGGGUCUUCUUCCAUGAAAAAUACAGCUGCACUCUGUUGUAGGCAGGGAGCCAGGAACUAGGAAGAAUGUCGUCGGAUGUAAUUAUAAGUACAAAUAAGGUUUCUUCGCUCA